CUUGCUGAACGAGCCAAACGUCAACUUGGAAAGAGCUUCAGCCUUCAGCCUUCUAAGCUUAAGCCUCAUUUCCUUUCUUAUCAUUUCAACAACAUCCAAAUAUUCACCCCGUAGGAGGCUCGAUAUUACCAUGCGUCUAUCUAGGACUGCCGCGGCAUUGGCAGCUUGCUGCGCUUCCGCAAACGCAUUUUCGGAUUCAUCCCCUUUCAUCCUGUUCUCGACAACUAAACUGGAGCAGCCGGCGAACCAGGCGCAAAUACAGUCCAGCCGAGAUGUUUCUACCUCCGUUCAGAAGCUCCUUUCGGGAUGCCCGACCGAACGAUAUCUCAUUGUAUCUCAGCCGAACCUCAACGCGAACGACCUAAGCGCGAAGGACGCGGUGCCGAAUCUUCGUCGAUCCUUGGAGAAAGCUCAGACCAGUUAUACUAUCGCAGAGGUGGCUGGACAGCUGAGUUUGAAGGAGAUAUCGGCCCAUAUCCAGGCAUCUUGUGACGGGGUACUGCGGCCAUUCAUUGACGAACUCGAACUCGCUCCCCUUCCAUCAGCCAAUGGCGCCCGGACGCUCAAGGACAAUGACAGCGAACUCGGCAUGGUUCUAGAGCAAUACGAGAGAGAGGGUUCCUACACAAUCAUCUACGCUGGUGGCCCUCGGCAGGAGACUCCCCAGACCUACAGCGCCGAGUUCCCAGGUGCCGUACACCAGGAACUGAAGAGAGACCUGCAUCUUAUCCAACAGCGAGCCAAGAACAACAGUCAAAAUCUCCCUCUAUUUGAGAAGUACCAAUACUUCACUCCAGGCAUCUUCACGGCUUUAGUCGCUGCUACCAUCCUCAUUUCUAUCCUCUACGUCGGUCUUCUCGGCGUUGCCAGCCUCGAGGUUCCCUACGGCGCUUUCGACAAGGAGAUGGGACCUGCUGCGCAGAAGAAGCAACAGUAAACGAAACAUCUAUACCGGAGCAGAUCAGUCCAGUCCAGUGGACGAUAUAUCGAGGCUGUAAUUUACGUAGUGUACUAUUGGGUCAUCGGAGUCCGGGUAACGGGUAGCAUAGAAGUUUUAAAUGAGACUUCGUUCAUGGCAAGGCAUCGUUUAUCAGAUGGAAACAAAGCUGUAGAUAUAUGCAACUAGAAAUCAAAUCGACCACAA